AUGGCGGAUGAUCAAGCAAAUAUAGGUGGUUCAGUGACAGGAGAGGCAGUUAUGGAACAAACAACUACACCAACACCAUCAGAGGUUCCAGAAAAUGUUCAGAAAAUCAUCAGCAGUGAAAAAGAUAUUGAUAUGUCAGCAAAGCGUCCCCGUGUUGAUCUACAAUCUCUCCCAACAAGAGCAUACCUUGACCAAACAGUUGUCCCCAUAUUACUAAGUGGAAUGUCUGUUUUAGCAAAAGAACGGCCACCUAAUCCAAUUGAAUACCUUGCUGCCUAUCUUUUAAAAAACAAGAACCAGUUUGAUCAGUGAAAAAGGAAAUGUGACGGAGUAAGGAAUUGAAAAAAAAUUCUACUACAAUAACAAGUAUGCUGUAUGGAUAUUUUCAGGAGUAGUAAGAGUUAAGUUUUUAGGUUAAUGUCAUCUCAUUGAAAGUUAUCUAUAAAUUCUGGAUUUAAAUAAAAUAUCAAAUCAGAGGACGCAAAGAUGAAUAUCUCUUUUUCGUUUCACUUUCAUUUCCAUUAAAAAAAAUAUCCUUCAUGCUAGAAACAAGUGCUGAUCAUGAAGACAAAAAUUUGUGCAACACAGGACUGUUGCGUCUUGAAAGGAGACUGUAUGUGGAUAAUUCUCAUCCUGGAAACAGCUGGAUUUUAUGACACAAGUUCAGGAAAUUUCAAGUGCAACAAAAAUAUGUGAUAAACGAUUCUGUAUUGUAUUGUCAGUUGUUAACAGUUUAUAUGAUGUUGAAUAUGAACUAGUAAUUAAAUAUCAUUUUAUCAUGUCUAAA